AAAUUGCAUGCCGGCAAGUAUUUUUUUUAUGAUCGAAAUGAAGAAAAUUUUUUGUAUAUAAUACACCAAAGCUAUACAUACAUGCAUAUCCCUCAAACUCAAAAACCAUAUGGCACAAAAAGUUGAGAUAACCGCAACUCAUAUAGUUAAACCAUUGUGCUCGACUCCCAAACACCCAAACACCCAUGACUUGUCUCUACUAGACCAGUUAUCGCCGUCGAUUUUUCCUCCUAUAAUCUUCUUCUACGAGACUAAGCCAGACUCGAAUGUAACCACUCGACUCAAGAACUCUUUGUCUAGAGCCUUGGCCUCGUUUUAUCCAUACGCUGGACGUGUAAACGGAGACGCUUUUGUUGAUUGUAACGAUGAGGGAAUUCCGUAUUCUGAAGCCAUUGUUGAUUGCUCCUUAUCGGAUGUACUUAAAAAAUGUGACUUGAAUUUGAUGAGACAAUUUGUUCCUUUAACUGAGGAAUCUGUGAUUCUUGAUCACACGAUUCCAUUGUUAGUUCAAGUGACCUUGUUUAAAUGUGGUGGAAUUGCUAUUGGUGCGUGUUCUUCUCAUAAGAUUGGGGAUGCGGCUAACUUUUUUACGUUUAUUCGUGAAUGGGCUAACGCUUCGUUGACCGAUAACCCAAUUCUGAUUCCAGAGUUUAGUAUUUCGUCUCUAUUUCCACGUAUCGGUUCUUUGAAUUUCAAUACUGGAUUUGAGAUUCCAGUGAAUCAAAAGCUUGUCCGAAAGAGGUUUGUUUUUAGUGCAACGAACAUAUCGUUGCUAAAGGCUCAAAUAGGCCAUUGUUCUCGAGUUCAAGCUGUUUCGGCUCUUGUAUGGAAAUGUGCUAUGAAAUCUAUUAAGAAGUGUGAUAUUGGGCUCAAAAUAACAUCAUCUAUAGCAAUGACCCUUGUCAACAUGCGGGGGAGAAUGAACCCACCAUUACCCGAAACCUCUUUUGGCAACUUCGUCGGUUCUUUUUUAGUCGAUAGAAGGUUAGUCGAUUACAACGAUGACAUCGAGUUGGGCGAGUUGGUAGGUCAACUAAGACAUGGAUUUAAAGAAUUUUGUGAUGGUUACAUGAAACAAGUUCAAGAUUCAAAACAAGGUGUAUUUGCAAUAUUGAAUUAUAGUAAAAUGGUUGGGGAAAUGUUGCAAAUGAGUGGAACAGAAGUGUUCACAUUUAGUAGCUGGUGUGGAUAUCCAUUGUAUGAUAUUGAUUUUGGGUGGGGAAUGCCAAAGUGGAUUAGUGUAACAAAUACACCAUUUAGGAAUGGAAUCAUGAUGAUGGACGCUAAACAAGGGAAUGGAAUUGAGGUAUGGGCCAACUUAGAUGAAGAUGUGAUGGACAUAUUUGAACAAGACCAUGAACUUUUGACUUAUUGUUUUCCAAGCUCAUGUGAUUAA